UGCUUUUUUUUUUGUUUCUCUUUUUCAAAUUAAGGUUGAAUUUGUUUCAUACCCUUUGUUUUUAAGCUUCUUUGUGUCGUGUUUAGUGAAGUUAAAAAAGCUUGCUUUGGACUCCUCUUUGGGCUUGAAAGAAUCUGUUUUUUUUUUUUUUUUAUUCUUUAAGCAAUGAAGGCUCUGUUUGGUUUUGCUGCAAAUGUAAGAAAAAAUGGUUGUGGGAGGUUAGAGUCCGAAUCAAGAUUUUGUUGUCUUAGUUUUCUCGGCUGCCAAACGGUGAAGAGAUGUGCGGUUUCUAGUUGAAGAUUUUGAGGGAAGCCCCCACUCUGUGACCAAUCCCUUGACUGCUUAAGCAUUAUAUAAACAAAUUCUUUGUGGACAAAUUAUGGUCAAAACGUGUUACUUUUUACUUAAAGUGUCUCCUUUUAUUCAUCAAAAAAAAAAAAAAGUCUCCUCUCGGACUAGAAAGUGCGUUCUUUUUCUUCAUUUGUUUUUAAAUUUGGGCUUCUCAAAAGAGUAAUUAUCAAUGAAGGGUUACCCGUGAACACCUUUCUUGCCAAAAUUCCAUUAUAUCCCGGGCCUUAUCCGGGGGAAUGUUCAUCUUCACCCAAAUCUGUUGAUCAAUAGGUUAUACGUUUUAUCCUGCAACUGUGAUUUUGUUAAGAUUUUAUUUCACAAUUAUGGAAGAUGAUUUGAGUAAAUAUCUUGAAAUUUGUGGGAUUAUUCUUGUCAUAACAUCCUUGUUUGAUUGAUUUGUUGCUUCCCAUCUCGAAUAAACUGUCAUCGGGUUUGUUUAUAUACUUCUUUUAGACAUUUUUUAUGGGAUGUUUUAGUGGAUUAGUUUUAGUUCAUAGCUUAAACGAGGAUAAAAAUAGUCAUUGAUGUGUAACAUGAAAGUCUCCCCGUGUUGCGAUAGAUACCAGCUGUUAGCUGUGGUCGUACAAUCUGGUUGUAAUCUGGUGUCAGGGGCCGCUAGGGAGAUUUAUAUACACCAAUUUGGCAUCAAAUGGAGAGUCUUGGAUUUGAGUUUCAUCAAUUAUUGUACCACAUGUCAUCUUUUUACACAUAGCUUUGCUGACUCCGCUACUGAUUGUCAUCACUGGCUGUAUAAUUGAUUUUGCUACGACAGAACUGAAAUUUGUGUAUUCAGUCAUUGCUUAAAAGCAUUCCUCUGGAGAUAUUUGAUCCUAUUUUAAUAUUUUAAUAAUUCUUUUUUGUUUCCCAAAUUUGAACUGUUUCUCUUGUCAUUUCUGUGCAUUGUUUGGUAGUAUUAUGCUGCUCAAGUUUUGUACUAACUUUAUAAUCAAUGCCAAGUUGUACCAGCAGUUAUCAUCAUUUAUCGACACAUUCAUUUAACAGCUUGAAUGUGCAUUCUCACUUUGAUGAUUAAUUAGAAAUCUCUUUAUUGUUGUACCAGCAAUUUUGUCAAUUCUUAGUUGAAACUAGAGAAUCUCAAGUGUUAUUUUAGACUAGCCUUUAUUAUUAUUUUGUACAAUAUGGAAAUUCUGACAUUAUAUUCAAUCAGUUUCCUCAUACAUAUUUUCUGUCUGACUUCAUUGGUACCUGGCUUGUGGUAUUGUGAGCAAAAGUUGCCAUUUUUGUGGUUGUAAACUAUUAGUAGCUACCUGAGUCAAGAAAUUUUAUAAGGUAUUUGGAGUUCUUGAUAUCCCACAGUUAAUUGUCUUAAAAUUUAUUCUUGAGUAGCUCCUGAUCUCAGUGGAGUUUGCUGGAGAAGUUUAUGGCCCAUGCAAUGGUGACUUAUGUGCCAGGUGGUUGGUGUAAUUUUGCAUCAAGAUUGGGGUUAAAUAGAUAGCCAGGAUACAUUAUGAGGAGCUUAGGGCAAUGGGAAGUGGUGUUUGCACCUGGAAAUGAAGGAGAGGCAGCGCUGGAGAGCUGAAGAGGACGCUUUGUUACGUGCAUACGUGAAACAAUAUGGACCAAGGGAGUGGAACCUUGUUUCACAGCGCAUGAACACACCGCUAAACAGGGAUGCAAAAUCUUGCUUAGAAAGGUGGAAUAACUACCUCAAGCCUGGUAUCAAGAAGGGAUCUCUCACUGAAGAUGAGCAGCGUCUUGUAAUCCGUCUUCAAGCCAAACACGGCAAUAAGUGGAAGAAAAUUGCAGCCGAAGUCCCUGGCAGAACUGCUAAAAGGCUGGGCAAGUGGUGGGAAGUGUUCAAAGAGAAGCAACAAAGGGAACAGAAGGAGAAGAAUAAGACAGUUGAUCCAAUUGAGGAGGGCAAGUACGAUAGGAUUUUAGAAACUUUUGCAGAGAAACUAGUGAAAGAGCGGCAUAGCUCAGCUUUUUCCAUGGCUACUUCUAAUGGGGGCUUUCUUCAUACUGACCCACCUUCCCCUGCUCCAACUCUUCUUCCACCUUGGCUUUCUAAUUCCAGCACUGCCCCUGCUGUCAGGCCACCAUCCCCUUCGGUGACUCUAACCCUAUCUCCCUCAACAGUGACAGCUGCUCCACCAAUCCCAUGGCUGCAGCCUGAGAGGAUGUCAGAAAAUACCCCUGUUGUUUUGGGAAAUAUGGUGCCCCAUGGAUCAAUUCCUCCUUGUGGUGAGAACCCACUGGUAUCUGAACUGGUGGAGUGCUGCAGGGAGCUGGAAGAAGGGCAACGUGCUUGGGUUGCACACAAAAAGGAAGCAGCCUGGAGGUUAAGAAGGGUAGAGUUGCAACUGGAAUCGGAGAAGGCAUGCCGUAGAAGGGAGAAAAUGGAAGAAAUAGAGUCGAAGGUGAAGGCUUUAAGGGAAGAGCAGAAGGCUACCCUUGAUAGAAUUGAAGCUGAAUACAGGGAACAGCUAGAAGGGCUAAGGAGAGAUGCCGAAGCAAAGGAGCAAAAAUUAGCUGAGCAAUGGGCUGCAAAGCACUUGCGUCUUUCUAAGUUUCUUGAACAAAUGGGGUGCAGACCCAGGCUCACUGAGCCUAAUGGCCGGUGAGGAAGAUCAGUUAUAUGCGGUCAACAUUCUGCUUUGAAAAGACUGCAUUGCUGCACAUCCUUUUUGAUCAUGUGUCCAUUCUCUUCUCAAGUUCUACUAUAGAUGUCUAUUUAUAUUUUCUAUCUACUUAUCCCUUUGGCACUCUGAAUGGAAGGUAGCAUUAGCUGAACUUGCUCUAUCUUGCAUUUACUUCUUAAAAAUAUAUUAAAUUUAUAUCCCAACCAUUGCACGAAACUGUUUGAAUCCUUUUCAGAAUGAGAGGAUAGAAUCGUUUGUUCAGAUGUGGCAUUGGUUUCCGGAGGACAAGGAGUCUGAUUUCACAUACAUGGAGGCAGAUGCCUGUAAUACCUGCCAUUGGUGGGGUUUGUGAAUUGAGAGAGGAAAAUGUUAGCAUGCUAUAUUCUAUCUUGCUCAUUCUCGCUCCUGCACCUGCUGAUGUGUAAUCUUGAAAUUUUUGUAUUCUCUAUUAUAUUGUUAGUGAAAUGGCAGUAACUACCUUUUUGCCUUUAA